AUAAAUAGAAGGCUUCAUUAGUGUAGAGGAGUCACAAACAAGCAAUACACAAAUAAAAUUAGUAGCUUAAACAAGAUGAAGUGUUUAUUUUUGUUAUGUUUGUGUUUGGUUCCCAUUGUGGUGUUUUCAUCAACUUUCACUUCCCAAAAUCCCAUUAACCUACCUAGUGAUGCUACUCCAGUACUUGACGUAACUGGUAAAGAACUUGAUUCUCGUUUGAGUUAUCGUAUUAUUUCCACUUUUUGGGGUGCGUUAGGUGGUGAUGUGUACCUAGGUAAGUCCCCAAAUUCAGAUGCCCCUUGUGCAAAUGGCAUAUUCCGUUACAAUUCGGAUGUUGGACCUAGCGGUACACCCGUUAGAUUCAUUGGUUCAUCUAGUCAUUUUGGACAAGGUAUCUUUGAAAAUGAACUACUCAACAUCCAAUUUGCUAUUUCAACAUCGAAAUUGUGUGUUAGUUAUACAAUUUGGAAAGUGGGAGAUUACGAUGCAUCUCUAGGGACGAUGUUGUUGGAGACUGGAGGAACCAUAGGUCAAGCAGAUAGCAGUUGGUUCAAGAUUGUUAAAUCGUCACAACUUGGUUACAACUUAUUGUAUUGCCCUGUUACUAGUACAAUGAU